CUCGUGGAGCUAAUUUUGACACACUUGCGCAAUCAAAUUGAAAAUGAAAACCCACCAUUGACAAACUCAAAUAUUCAUAGUUAGAAUUGGCAUUUACUUUCUCACUGCUAGAGAGAAAACUCUACAAGAUUACAUCUUUAUAACUCUUCUAAUUCUUUCUUCAAAAUUUGCUGAUGAAUUUGUUGGGUCAUUAUAAUGGUCUCACUGGUUCUAUCUAUGCUUUUUCGAGCUAUAAACACCAUCUUCAAUCUUGUACUGUGGGGAGAAUUUUGCCUUUAGAAGUGAUGAAGGGUGCAGAAGCUAAGGAAUAUGAGAAAGAUGCUGCCCUAGUGUCAAAAAGUUAUGAUUUGAAGAGCAAAUUUAAGGGUGCUGCUGUUGUAAAUGCGUUAGCUGUGGCUAAUCUGCUUGCUGAUCCUGCAAAUGCCAUCCAAAUUGAGAAUAUAAUGGAUAGGGCCACGUCUAUCUAUGUGAUAGCAGAAGGAGGUGCUGGAGAUUGGUUUGGAGGGCUCCUAUUUUCCGCUGGGCAACAAGCCAAUGAAGCUGUUCAAGGCCAAUUGUCAGCUCUUAGUUUUACCAGCCUUGCAGUCAUUUUUGGGGCUGGACUAGUUACCAGCCUAUCCCCUUGUACAUUAAGCGUUUUGCCAUUAACACUUGGUUAUAUCGGUGCUUAUGGAUCCGGAAAAAGUAGAGCACAGGUCAUUGGUGAUUCUAUUGCUUUCGCAUUAGGAUUGGCGACUACUCUGGCACUCCUUGGUGUUGGUGCGUCUUUCGCUGGAAAAGCUUAUGGACAAAUAGGCAGAGGAUUGCCUUUGGCUGCUUCUGGUCUUGCUAUAGUAAUGGGCCUGAAUCUUUUAGAGAUACUUGAGUUGCAGCUUCCAUCAUUUUUCAAUGAAUUUGAUCCCCGUUCUGCUGCUGCAAACUUUCCCUCAAGUGUGCAAGCGUAUUUAGCUGGUCUUACAUUUGCUUUGGCCGCAUCACCUUGCAGCACUCCUGUCCUGGCUACUUUACUUGGUUAUGUGGCUUCAACCAAGGAUCCUUUGAUUGGGGGUAGCUUAUUGUUGACGUACACUACGGGCUAUGUUGCUCCUCUGCUUCUUGCUGCAUCUUUUGCUGGUGCCUUGCAGAGUCUGCUUUCGUUUCGUAAAUUUUCAGCAUGGAUCAACCCAGUAAGCGGCGCCCUCCUUCUAGGUGGUGGUGUGUACACCUUGCUGGAUAGACUUUACCCAACAACAAUGUCUAUGUAGGUCAUCGCCUCAUCGGAGCUGAAGAGCGAGGUUUUAGAUUAAGCAAAGUUUGAAGAUGUGGAAAGACGAAGUAGAUACGUGACAAAUAUUUUGUUUGGAAGAAUGGGAAAGAUGAAAUACAAUCUGCGACAAAGAUUUAGUUCGGAAGAACACAUGAUAUUUAUUUCCGAAGUACUCCCAAGUUAUAGAAUCAGCCAACGCCUUUCAUGUAACUUGUCCGUGUAGUACUAUGUACAACGACUGUACCAAGUAUUUUUAUCGAUCAACUCGUUUAAGUACUUAUCGAAGAAUGACCUUUAAUUUAGUUUUCGCCAUUUCAAAUA